AUGACUGGGGCCUCAACUGAUGAUGAUUCAUGCACCAAGCCCGUUGGAAGAUGUGCCGUCUUCUACUAUGGUGUGGGACAUAUGCUGAAUGAUAUAACAUCUGCUUGUUGGUUUACAUAUCUCUUAGUUUUCAUGACCGAUAUCCGCCUAUCCCCAAGUGAUGCUGCCAUUGUCAUGCUCUCUGGUCAAAUUGCUGACGGCUUCAUGACUGUAUUUUCGGGUGAACUGUUACGUAUCGACAGGUACGGGAGCUUCAAGCUAUGGCAUGCUGCGGGAUCUCUUUUGGUUGCAGCUUCAUUUUCUUCCGUCUUUGGUGGCUGCAUGCCUUGCAAAAUUAUAGGCUCCUAUUCAUCUAGUGCACAAACCAUCAGUUAUAGCGUCUUCGCUGCAAUUUUCAAUAUUGGCUGGGCCGCUACUCAAAUUUCACACAUGUCAAUGGUGAACUGCAUCACCCUGAAUUCAACAAGCCGAGUGGUUAUGACCAGUUGUCGCAAUGCCUUCACAAUGGUUACAAGUUCUGCUAUGCUUUCGUCCAUUAUAUUAGUGCCCGCUGUCAUCUAUGUAUGCAGCUUCGUCACAUCAAUUAUCCUACAGGAGAUGGCGUGGAGUAGUCAUAGGUUGAAGGUUGCCUAUUCCGCUGGGGGCCUUCUGUGGAUGAUUUCUGGUGUUGUCGUCCUCUUUUUGCCGAGCAGCAUGAAAUAUUUCAUGUACCUUAUAUCAGUAGUGAUUGGAGUAGCAAAUGCCUUGAUGAUGGUGUCCGGGAUGAGCAUGCAGAGCUUCCUAGUCAGUGGAGAUCUCAACGAAUGUGCCUUUGUUUACGGAUCAUUGAGCUUUUUGGACAAAAUAAUAUGUGGAAUAGCAUUAACAGUUCUCGAGUCAUAUCAAAGCUCAACUCCGGACGAAGUGCAUAAAGACAAUCUCAUAUUCGCAUUGUCUGCCACCAGAUACGGGCUCGGGCUUGUUCCAGCCGUCUCUGCACUGGCUGGUAUACUAGUGACACUUAGCAUGAAUUUUCCCGAGACGACCGUAACACCUCUACUUGCUCCUCUGCUGGAAUAG